AUGGCACUCCGUUACACAACCGAGCUCCUCUUCCACCUCCGCCAGUCGCCACUAUGCACCAAGCCCGCCAGCCUUCCUCCCGCUGAGGAUUGGAUGGGCCCUCCUCCAGAUAACACACGUACCCAGACCAAGACUACCGCCGACAGGCGAUCCCACGAUGCCUCCCUCCUUGACCAGACAAACAGGCGCCCGGGUGUUGAGCGCCACAUGUCCCGAAACAGCGCAAACCCGGAAGACAUUAUACUCGGACCUCCUCGAACCUCCUUUGCCUCUGCCGGCGGUCUCCGCAACAGCGGCACCGCCACUGGCACCCGACCCUUUGACGCCGACAAGGACUCCAAAGAGCCCGACGCCCGCGAUCGCUUCAACUUUCGCAACAGUCGCAAUGGCGACUCGGAACUCGGCGACCGCUGGAGAGACAAGAACCAGGAUGCCGAGCCGGCUCCCGAACCCCGGUCGACUGGCCGCAACUACGAUCGCCGCUGGGACCGCGACCAGCGCAACGAACGCGACCCGGAGUGGAUGGAUGAGCCUGCUGCCGACAAGCAGGAGCGCCACACGGAGGAGGACUUUAAGAAGUUCAUGGAGAGCAUGAAGGGCCAAAAGGCCGCCGCCGCCGCUGCCGCUGCCUCCGACAAGCCUGUCGCUGCGACUGCGACUGCGUUGGAGGCCGCGGUCAAGGCCGAGCAGCCUGCUGUUGCGGCUGCGCCCGUCGAGACGGGGCCCGACAAGUUCUUCAUGGCUUUCGCUUCCACUGGAGGCCUGGACUCACCCAGCGAACAGAAGGAGGCCACGCCCAAGCCCAGUCGGGCUGGCGGUGGCAAAUCCUCUCGCUUUACUUCCUUCUUCAGCGCGCCGCACGAGGACGCGAGCGCCCGUCACCAACCGGAGCCUCCUGCGCCGCCCCCAGGCCUGCCCAUCAUGGGCGGCAACGCCAUCAUGAGCGCCGGCACCCCGAACGCGGAGAAGGAGGCCUUCGCCGUGCUGCUGCAGAAGCUUCAGCGCUCUAACGUGAAUGAGGGCUCGACACCGCCAGCCGCCCAGCUCUUCCAGAAGCCCCCCCAUGAGCCAUCGCCCGGAGGGCCGAUUCAGUCGCCCGGCCCCUUCCAACAAUACGGACCUCCUGAGCAUCGCGAAGACCCGCGCAUCCGUCACCAGCAUCCUAUGCCGCCACAGGACGUUCCCGUGCCUCGACCCAUGUUGGCCACCCAGCAGUCGGCGAGCCACCAGGACAAGAUGCUGCAGGAUCUUCUCGCUCAGCGCCAGCUUGCCUCCAGCCAAGGAUCUGGCAGGGCUGAGGGCGGCCCCCAUCCUCAGAUGCGGAACAACAGCAACGCCGAGUUCUUGAUGAAUCUCAUGAGGGCGCAGCCUGAGCCUGUCCGCACCGAACAGAUGCUCAUGCGCAUGCACCAGCAGCCGCAACCCCAGGGUCAGCGGAACGCCUCGAUCUCGCACCUCCAAGAUCGCGAGCCCAGCUUCUCCCCGACCGGCGCCCGCGAGGCGCGGUCCAUGCGAGGUCCUCCUCCCGGCUUCAUGGAAGAAGGUUUCCAACACGAGCCCGAGGGUCGCCCGCAGCCGACGCAGAUCUUGCAGCGUCCUCCGCCGCCUCCUGGGCUCGACCAGAUGAACCCCAACUGGAUGCAGCAGGGUGGCCCGAUGCCCCCUCAACAACGUAACAUGGGCCCUCCCCCUGGCCUCGCAGGCGGCCCUGGUGGUCCUGGCGGCCCAGGCGGCCCCGUCGGCCCUGGCCGCAACCACCCCAUGGCAGGCAUGUUCCCUCCGGGUCCCAACUUCCCACCGGGCGGCUUCCCCCCGCCUGAGAGCAUGGCUGGCCCGCCUCCGCGCAACAUGCAGCCUCCUCCAGGAUUUUUCGGAGGCCCCCCGCCGCCCGGCUUCAUGCCGCCCCCCGGUAUGGGCGUACCCGGUUUCCAAGGCCCAGGACCCGAGGGCCACGGAUUUCCCUUUGACGGGCGCGGCUUGCCUCCUCCCGGCGCCGCCCAAGCCUUCCGCAGGCAGUAA